GCGUGCACUGAUGCUUCUUAUUACUGAUUGCAGUUUUAUUCAGAGCUGAUCAAGAACAUAACAUACAUCUUUUUUACUUCUACUUAGAUUUACCUACAAUUCAAAGAAUCUUCUCGAAAUCUAUCGGGAAGAUUAGAAAGAAAGUAUUAUUAUAUGAAAACCUAGCAAAUAUUUGAUAGGUUCUUUUUGUGUUUUCUUUUUCUGGUUUGGUCCGUGGAUUCGUUCUCAUUGCGUGCUGUGCUCUGUUCAUUUGGACUUGGACCCCUUCAAGACCGCGACCGCUUCUUCUCCCUCCUCUCCUCUCUUCCUCGCGCCCGUCUCUCUCCAUGUUUCAGCCGUAAAUUCCCCUUGUUUCUUUCUUUUAUGCUUCUUGCAUAUCCAACCUAAUUAAGCUAGAGACAUGGCUGAGAGGUGUAGUGGUAUGUGGUAGCAGCUAGAGAGAGGAGGUAGCUGUGUGGCAAGGAAGGUUCUAGAAGGACGCCAUGGGCAACGCGUGCGCCUGCUGCGUCGCUCCGGGUGCUGAGGCAGAGCCCAGGAGGAAGGAGGCGCGGCGAGCGCAUCAUGAAGCCAAGAAGCCGGCGGCGGCGGCGGCGACGACGACGACGACGAGGCAGAGACAUGGCCAAGAACCGGGCGGGAGGGAGGAGAUGCCGAAGCCCAGGGCGAGGGCGAGGGCGAAGGCGAAGCCCAACCCGUACGACUGGAUGCCGCCGCCGGUGCCGGCGAGGGGCGCGGCGGCGGUGCGCGUGCUGGAGGGCGUGGUGCCGCACCACCCGCGGCUGCGCGUGACGGACAAGUACCUGCUCGGCCGGGAGCUCGGGCGCGGCGAGUUCGGGGUGACGCACCUCGCCACGGACCGCGCCACGCGGGAGCGGCUGGCGUGCAAGUCCAUCCCGAAGCGGCGGCUGCGCACCGCCGUGGACGUCGCCGACGUGCGCCGCGAGGUGGCCAUCAUGGCGUCGCUGCCGGAGCACCCGGCGCUGGUGCGCCUGCGGGCCGCCUACGAGGACGCCGAGGCGGUGCACCUGGUGAUGGAGCUCUGCGACGGCGGGGAGCUGUUCGACCGGAUCGUGGCGCGCGGGCGGUACACGGAGCGCGCCGCCGCCGCGGCGGCUAGGACGGUGGCGGAGGUGGUGCGCGCCUGCCACGCCCACGGCGUCAUGCACCGCGACCUCAAGCCGGAGAACUUCCUCUACGCCGGCAAGAGCGAGGACGCGCAGCUCAAGGCCAUCGACUUCGGCCUCUCCGUCUUCUUCCGACCAGGGGAGAGGUUCAGGGAGAUCGUGGGGAGCCCGUACUACAUGGCGCCGGAGGUGCUCCGGCGAGACUACGGCCCGGAGGUGGACAUCUGGAGCGCCGGCGUCAUCCUCUACAUCCUCCUCUGCGGCGUGCCGCCGUUCUGGGCCGAGACGGAGCAGGGCGUGGCGCGCGCCAUCCUCCGCGGCGCCGUCGACUUCGACCGCGAGCCCUGGCCCCGCAUCUCCCGCGCCGCCAAGAGCCUCGUCCGCCAGAUGCUCGACGUCGACCCGCGCCGCCGCCCCACCGCGCAGCAGGUGCUCGACCACCCGUGGCUCCACCACCCCGCCCGCGCCCCCAACGUGCCCCUCGGCGACGUCGUCCGCGCCCGCCUCAAGCAGUUCUCCCUCAUGAACCGCUUCAAGAAGAAGGCCAUGCGGGUGAUCGCGGAGCACCUGUCGGUGGAGGAGGUGGAGGUGAUCAAGGAGAUGUUCGCGGUCAUGGACACCGACAAGAACGGCAAGGUGACGCUCCAGGAGCUCAAGGCCGGCCUCACCAAGGUCGGCUCCAAGCUGGCCGAGCCGGAGAUGGAGCUGCUCAUGGAGGCCGCCGACGUGGACGGCAACGGGUACCUGGACUACGGCGAGUUCGUGGCGGUCACCAUCCACCUGCAGCGCCUCUCCAACGACAACCACCUCCGCACGGCCUUCCUCUUCUUCGACAAGGACGGCAGCGGCUACAUCGACCGCCCCGAGCUCGCCGACGCCCUCGCCGACGACUCCGGCCACGCCGACGACGCCGUGCUCGACCACAUCCUGCAAGAAGUCGACACCGACAAGGAUGGGCGGAUCAGCUACGAGGAGUUCGUGGCGAUGAUGAAAUCCGGGACGGACUGGAGGAAGGCGUCGCGGCAGUACUCGAGGGAGCGGUUCAAGACGCUGAGCAACAGCCUCAUGAAGGACGGCUCGCUCACCAUGGCGCGCUGAGCGGGAUUUCGGUUCACGCGUGCGUCAGGGUUCAGUUCACCGGGACGGCGACGGCGACGGCGACGGCGAGAGAAGAAAAUGCGCCCAUGAUCGAUGCAAAUACUCGAUUUUUUAUUUGAAUUUGAGUUUGGAGAUCUUUGGUGUUCAGUUUUUCGUCGAAUUUCUUUGUACAAUCUACUGGUGCUGUAGAUCGGUCGCCUGCCUGAAGAUUGUGUAGGAUUUGUUCAGCAUAUUCGUUGCGCUAUGUCUUCGAAACUGUGUCGCGGUGUAAUUAUGUGGUACGGUGGUCGGUGGUAAGCAAGUAAAUUCACGGCAGAUUCAUUGUGAUCUGCAAUUCGUUUUUCAAAAAAGCUGUGGUCUGUAUAUAACGUAUCACAGGAAAUUUUAACUGUUGGAUUAAAAUUCUGA